GACAUUGACAUUACCGAUGGUAUGACAUGGGAUGUGUGUUCAUGGAUUCAUAGGAUUUAUAAUCCAAUUUCAUUCAUGUUGCUGAGCGGGAAAAGUUAAUAUUGUUAAAGUAAUAACAUUAACAAGAAAACUCAAUGAGGUUUACCUCAAAGCCAGCACUGAAAAUCUACGCAACGCUAAUAAGUGCGUUUUCAAAGCAAUAAAACAUCGAUUGCAUCGGUUUGCAACGUAGUAAACAUUUGUUAUUUACAGCCAAGAGUAUCAAAAAUUGGCAGUAUUUAAGUACAAUGAAUAUGGAUAUGGAUAGUGGUAGUGAUAAUAACUGGAGAGGUGUGCCUUUGACUGAGUUGUAUGGGUCCCAAUCUCCGUGGGGAGCGCCAGAGUUCCGGCUCGUUUCACCGUCGUACAAUCACGCUGUGUUGUACCAUGUGCCGAGUAGUGGGUGUUUGGCGGCAGACAGGCCACCGAAGCCGCAGAUAGGACAGGACAAAUGGGACUCUGAACAUGUCCGGAUGCCCUGUUCUGAUCAGAGUCUUUACCCUGUCGUGGAUAAUAAUGGUGUGAGCCAUCUCAAGAAGCGCUGGGAGAUGAUAGAGAAUGCUCUCUCAAAACCAAUAAGGAAUAGCCAUGAGUUAGGCAGUGCUAUACUCAGCUACAAUACUAACUUCCGGAAUACAUGGAAGUUCAAGGGACUGCAUAAACUUUUUAAUGAGUAUCUAGAAGAGGAGGAAACUCGGUACUUCUUUGAUGUUACCCUACCAGAGAUUAUAAAACUUGCAUUGGAUCUACCGAAGUUGGUGCAAGCACCAAUACCUUUACUCAAGCAACACAAGAACUUCUCAGUGUCUCUCUCCCAGCAACAGAUAGCGAGUCUCCUUGCCAACGCAUUCUUCUGCACAUUUCCAAGAAGGAACGCCACUAAGAAGACUUCUGAAUAUGCUUCAUAUCCUUUCAUUAAUUUCAACUCGUCUGGUCUCUAUGAGUCUACUAACUCAGAUGCUAACUUGGAGAAACUGAAAUGUAUCUGCCAUUACUUCAGAAGAGUUGUGACUAAAGUCCCGGUCGGCACGCUGACGUUCAGCCGUCGCUCGGUGCCGCCGCGCGACUGCCCGGCCUGGGCCGGCUCCACCAGGCCCAUAGGGUCCAUACCCCUACACGUGGAACCGGUCAGCACUAUUGAAGAUGCUGACUCGUUGAUACAGAUCGAUUUUGCUAACAAGUUCCUAGGCGGUGGCGUGUUGGGUCAUGGUUGUGUACAGGAAGAGAUUCGGUUCGUGAUAUGUCCGGAGCUGAUGAUAUCCAUGCUGUUCACUGAAGUUAUGAGGCCCAAUGAAGCUCUUAUGAUUAUUGGUGCGGAGCGCUACAGUAAGUACGUGGGCUACGGGCACAGCUUCCAGUUCGCGGGCGAGCACCGCGACGGGACGCCGCGGGACUCGUCCGCGCGCCGCCGCACCGCCGUGCUGGCCAUCGACGCCGUGCCAUACAGCGGGCUGGCGCAGGAGUUCCGCAGGGAAGCCAUCACCAGGGAACUUAAUAAGGCGUGGGUGGGCGUAUCAUUCGACACGGACGUGAGCUCGGACCGGCUGCAGUACCCGGGCGUGGCCACCGGCAACUGGGGCUGCGGGGCCUUCGGGGGCACGCCGCACCUGAAGAGCCUGAUACAACUCAUGGCCUGCAGUCAGGCCCGAAGGCCUAUGGCCUACUACACCUUCGGAGACACACAGCUCAGGGAUGAUAUCGCUAACAUGUAUAACUUGUUGGCACGGCAUAAUGUUACUGUUGGUCAACUAUACAGGUACAUAGUGAGGUUUGCACAAGAGAACAAUGUACUACUGACACGGUUCUACACAUAUUUGGAGAAAGUGUUAAAGGAGAACAAAGAAUCAUCACAGAACUCCAGCGAUAACAUGAUGGACAUUAGCAUCACCGAAUCGACAGCAGGGCCAGUAGUAAUAGAAGACGGAUCAACAGACAAUUCUCCUGACUUAUUCUCUCAAGAUGAAAUGGACGAAAGUUUACUAGAAGUUACAAUACAAUCCGAACGAAUAGCUAACAAAACUGACACCAAAAAAGAGACACCAAAAAUCACCCGAAAAGCAGAAACAAAUACUAAUAAACAAGUAACACCUAUCCAGUCAACUAAACAUUUAACAGAGCAACAGAUAGAACAACAAAUCACGCAACAAAUCGACCAAGAAGUCGCCCAACUAGUUGAACAAAAAGAAUCAUCGAAGUCCCCACCUACAGCUGACACUAAAAAAAUGUCUUUACUAGACGCGGUUACUAUCAUGGAUCAAGAUGACAAACAUGAACAGCAUACAUCGCCUGCUUCCAACAAAAGGUUCUCAUUACGAACCGAUACAAAGCCAGCAAUGAAUACCGAAAGCGAAUCGACACCGGAACGCAAAAAAGGCACGCCUAAGAAAAAAAUAACAGAUUAUUUUAGUACAAGGAAUAAAUAAAAAUAAGGCAGUUUGUGAA